UGAACAUCUCAAAUUGGUUUUUGGGAUUUUAUUAUUUCAUUGUUUCUAACAGAUGGAUAUGCGUGACUUUUUAAAUGCUCCAAAUGGGUCAUCAAAGCAAACUUUGGCUGUCAAUGGAAGACCUGAUGUGGAUCCCCCACAGUCCCCAUUGGGUGGUAGAACGGAUGUCUUUGACCUGCCUUUUCACAUGGCUAGAGAUCAAAUAGAAGAGAGUCUGCGAACUAAGAUGGCUUCUAUAAAGGAACGCAUGAUUCAACUGCAAGAUGCACAAAAGGGAUCGGAGGUCUCUUCUGAAGCAACUGAGAGAGAGCUUGAGCUUGAAGCUCAACUUGUUGAAGCUAGAAGCAUCAUCCAGGAACAGGCAUCAAUAAUGUCCAAACAUCUUGCAAAGUCUGAGAGGCCAAGGAGAGUUAAUGGACACUUGGAUUCUGAUAGGGAAUCACUUCUCUCUUCACCAACAGAGGCCUGUACUUGAGAAAAUUUCCCUCUCCCUUUCUGAGCUUUGCUUCUAGAGAAUGAUCGUCAAAAUGACAACUAUUUUCAAAUCCAGCGGGACUAUCACCAAGAUAUGCUCUCAUGUCAGUGCUGUUGAUUGAAGCCAGGUGCCCGGAGAGCCAGGCAGAAAUGCUCUACCAUCAGGCUGUUUGGUUUGAGGAUCAUGGUCCAACUCCAUUGUUUGAUUUGGAAUCUCUAGAAAACUUGUCUUCUUGAUUAAUGGAAAUUAAACCUGCAUUUAGUGAGAGAUAAUUGGUAAUUGAUUACUAGAGUCAAUUAAUUCCUAUUAGGCUA